AUGUUGACUGAAUUUUUUGCUAUGAAUGCAACUGAUGAACAUGCUAUAGCUAUGCAAUUAUUGUACAAGGAAUUUCCGAAAUAUUUUGUAUGGUCUCCAGGAUAUAGAACGUGGACAUGUCGCCAAAAACGUAACGUAAUCGGACGUGUUGUAACAUAUCACCCAACAGAAGGAGAGAGGUAUUAUCUCAGGUUAUUAUUGAUGAACGUGAGAGGACCUAAAUCAUAUGAAGAUCUUCGCAUCGUUAACGAGGUACCCUGUAGUACAUUUAGAGAAUCAGCAGAAAAAAGAGGAUUAUUAUACUGUAACAACAGUUUAAUUGAAUGUAUGUCGGAGGCUGUAAGCUAUCAAAUGCCAUAUUGCUUGAGACGUUUAUUUGCGACAUUGUUAGUAUAUUGCAAUCCUGCUAAUCCAAAAAUAUUAUGGGAAAUGUUUGAAGAUUCAAUGUCCGAAGACUUUAAACAUUUCUCUGAUUUUGAAGAAAAAGCUGUUCGGCACAAGGUUUUAAGCCAUAUCAAUGAUAUCUUGUACUCUAUGGGACACGAUAUAAAUGAGUAUAAACUUAUUCUAGAGAAGAUUAGACCUUCUGAAAGGAUGCAAAGGAUGUUCAUUUUGAAAGAAAUAUAA